AUGGCUACCGCGUCUUCUUUUGAGGGACAGCUGUGCUGCGCCAUUUGCGGCUACGUGAUCGCGCCGGAGACGGCGGCGCCUGACGGCGGCACUAGCUGGCAGACGGAGGCGGUGCUGCUCAGCGACCCGGCGCGCGAGUUCGAGCAGCUGGAGGUGCACUACCGGGGGGGGAAGCGGGCGGACGCGCCGCGGCUGGACCCGGGAGCGGCGGCGACGGCGAUCCGCAAGGAUGCGGCGCGCGUAGUCGAGGGGAACCGGCUGCGGCUCGUGGGCUCCGAGCCGCCGGCGCCGGCGCUCGGGUGGUGGAACGACGCCGGGUGGGAGGACUGGGGCGUGCGCGCCAACGAGUCGUACAGCGACGUCGUCGACGGCGAGUACCUGUCGACGCCGUACUACGUCGCGACGCACGGCGCGUGCCUCGCGCUGGCCGAGGACGCCGUGCGCCGCGGCCCCCUCCGCGACCUGCGCGCCCUCUGGAAGGCCCUGCGCGCCCGCUACGAGGUCGACGACAGCUACUACGCGGGCACGGCCGUGGGCGCCGCGCCCCGCCCCCAGCGCGUCCCCCUCCCGCACGGCUACUACCUGCCCGAGCACCGCGACGCAGGCGCCGAGCGCUGGGAAGCCGCGCAUCCCCUCGCCGUACCCGACCUCACCGCGGCCGUCCUCCAGAGCCUCGAGGCCCUGCCGCCGCCCGCUGCUCCCGGCCCGGCCGCGGCUGCGUUCCAGCAGCGGUUCGCCGCCCUGCCGGCCGAGCUGCGCGACCACAUAUGCUCGUUCCUGGCGGCGCGCGGCGGCCUCCCGGCGGCGUGCAACGGGCUGCUGCCGCAGUGGGCGUGGCGCGAGGUGCUGCUGCGCGGCGAGUGCCUACCGUUCCUGCGGGACCUCGACGCGGGUGCCGCGGCGCGCUUCUGCGCGCGGUGGGAGGCUGAGGGCCCGCGGCCCGAGCCGAACUGGGAGCUCCUCGUCCGCAAGCUGGGCCAGGAGAACUGGCGCACCUGGGACGCCGAGGCGAGCUCGUUGGGGGUGCCGGGAGGCCUCCGCAACCGGAGGCGCGUGUGGAAACUCGUCGAGGAGAUGUACGUCGGCGACCUCGUCCCCGUGAGGCGUGCGAUGCCGCCGGCGGGCGGCCCGGCAGUCGUGCCGAGGUACUGGGAUAAACGGGGCGAGUUGUUGUAUCCUGUCGUUAGGGUCAACGUGGGGUCGAGCGAUACGUAG